AGCAUCAACAUCAUCACCAUCAAUUCCAACAUCAGCAAACGGUCGCCACAAAUGCUGCUGUAGCAGCAGCAGCGGCCGCUGCAGCUGAAACAAUUAUUAAAACAUUCGCAACCAUGUCGUCGUCUACAGCGGCGGUAGCGGUAACAGCUUCUUCAACGGCGUCUAUGUCGUCGUCAGCUUUGUUGUCAUCACCACCAACAUCGUCAUCAUCACCAUUAUUAUCACCCUCAUCGUCUUCAAACUCGGCUGCCGUUGUUAUGACGUCUUCAUCCAUUUACAAUAAUAAUAAUAAAAAUACAACUACUAAUCCCAAGAACAAACAUUUUUAACUUUUUAAAUAUAAAACAAAACAAAAAAAUAUAUUAUAUAUAAUGAAAAGAAAAAAACUUGAUUUAAAGAAAAAAUACCAUAUUAUAUAGUUAAAAAGGAAUCACUUUUUU